CAAGCCGUCUCUCAUCUUCCUCCUCAAAUCUAACCCUUUCUGACUUACCUUCUUCUUCUUCUUCUUCUUGCUUUCUUUAACCAUCUGUAGUUUUUUUUUCCCCUUUUGCUUUGAACCUUAGCCGGCAGAGGGUGAGAGAUCGGAUGCUGAUAGAUAAGGAUCAAGAUCUCGGGCUUAGUCUUGGCCUGAGCUCAUCGGAGGCCGGAUGCUCACUCCAGUUGAAUCUAAUGCCGUCUUCCUCUCCACCACCGACUGCCCUUUGUCUAACCCAAUCAGAACAGAGGACGGUUCUGGCUUCGCAGGGGAUUGAUGUCAACCGCGCUCCGAUGGCUGAGAUCGAGAUCGAGGAAGAUGCGGGUGCGUCAUCGCCGAACAGCACCGUUUCCACAGAGAACUACGGAGGAAAGCGCCGAUACUAUGCGGGUGGCGGUGAAGAGAUUGAUGGGGAUCGGGCGUGCUCGCGUGGUGUGAGCGAUGAGGAGGAUGGAGACGGAUCGCGGAAGAAGCUGCGGCUCUCGAAGGACCAAGCUGCCAUUCUUGAAGAAAGCUUCAAGGAGAACAACACGCUCAAUCCUAAGCAAAAGCUGGCGUUGGCGAACAAGCUCAAUCUGCGACCACGGCAAGUGGAGGUCUGGUUCCAGAAUCGUAGAGCAAGGACGAAGCUGAAGCAGACAGAGGUGGACUGUGAGUUCCUCAAGCUUUGCUGCGAGAAUCUGACGGAGGAAAACCGCCGGCUGCAAAAGGAGGUGCAAGAGCUAAGAUCUCUGAAACUCUCCCCUCCAUUCUUCAUGCACAUGACUCCUCCAACCACCCUCACAAUGUGCCCUUCCUGCGAGCGCAUCGCUGUCUCUAACUCCACCGCCCCUCCACCACCGCCGCCAGCGAAGUUGCCGCGCUCUGAUAUGCACCAGCUCUUCCCCCGGCCUGUACGCCCUCCAGUCGCCGCGAUUCCAGGCUGGGCACCGAUCGUGCUCCGGUCAUCUUUCCUCAACGCCACGGCCAAGCCGCAGCGCUCCUGAGCGAUUUUAAUUUUUUUUUUUCUAUUUCCUUUUAAAAUCUAUCCAAAGCUUUUAGGCGGAGUUGUUAUUUGUAUUUUUUUAAUUUAUUUAUUGAGAUCGAUAUUUGGACAUAAUGGUUAAGCUAAUUAGUAAUUACACAAUAGCCAUAUGCUGUAUGGUA